UGAUCUCUCCCCCUCUCACCGCAUCGGCUAGACCGCAUGAUCCGAUCUGCAUAACCUGAUAUCGCAUAUAUGAUUGAUCUCUCGGUUAUUGAGCGAAUAUGUCGCAUUGACUCAUUGACUACGAGUGGACGGUGUAAUGCAUGUGCAUUAUGAUUUAAGCAUAACUCGGCGUUCUGUCUCAUGUUCUUUUUGCCCUUUGUUUUCCCACUUGCAUCGAAGCAAGCGACCAAGCGUGCAUCAUUCCAUUUGUCAUCAACAAAAACAUAUAGACUUGGGGGGUUUGUCCUUUUUUUUUUUCCAAAACGGGGGUGGUGGUUGUCUGUUAUCUCUCUUGGCGUUUUGUGUCUGUAUCCAUAUUGAAAUCUUUCAAGGGGGGUUGUGUGGGGUGUCGAGUGACAUUCUGUUGAUGUGCGCGUGCAUGGGAGUUGUUCUUAUCCCCCUUCUGUUCGAAGGGCAUGAUUGCAUUGUCUUUCUUGGGAUGGCAUAUGAGGUGCUUUUCUUUCAUAUGCUGUUUCCUUAUUUCCUUCUCCUCCGUGUUUUAGCAUCACACUUUGCAUUAGCAUUAGCAUUGGCAUCACUGUGUACUGGUCGAUAGAUACCCAUGGAUUGGAUGCUUUUUAUCUCUGAAUAUUCUU